GAGGCACCAGUUCUGCGGCUCGGUGCGUGCACUUGGACUCUCCGGACGCCUCCGGCGCUGCGCGAUUGGACGAUCUCCCCAUUCCUGUUCUUUUUUUUUUUUUGGUUUGGUUUGGUUUGGUUUGGUUUUGUUCCCAAAAAGCAGUGUAACUAAUGCGCGCGGAGGGACGCGAGACUCCAGUGCGUCUGCGGAUCUGCCCAAAGGCGCGUCCUUAACCCACCGGUCGCCAAACACUCUUUUGCUGUCAAUGUCGGCACAGGUACGGAAGGGAAGGGGAUCCCGGAAGAGCUCGGAGUGCCGGUGACUGCGCUUCUGUUCCAAAGCCGAUGGGCUUCAGAAAGUAGUUCCAAGUUGUUGAUUGUUUUAAGCAAAUGAACGGAAAGAAGAUGAAGAACCCGAGGAAGAAGACGCUGUACGUGCUGAUGGACGUGCUGUGCGUUGUGGUCGCGGCACUGCCCUUCAUCAUCAUGACCAUCGUGUUCAAGCCCUAUCAAAGAGGGGUCUACUGCGACGACGAGAGCAUCAUGUACCCCCUAAAGCCAGACACCAUCACCCACGGCAUGCUGGCGGCUGUCACCAUCUCCUGCACCGUCAUCAUCAUCUCUUCGGGGGAGGCUUACCUGGUCUACAGCAAGAGGAUUCACUCCAAUUCUGACUUCAACCAGUAUGUAGCUGCACUCUACAAGGUAGUGGGCACCUUCCUGUUCGGCGCCUCCGUCAGCCAGUCGCUCACCGACCUCGCCAAGUUCACCAUCGGCCGCCCGAGACCCAACUUCAUGGCCGUGUGCGCCCCCAAGGUCUGCACGGGGUACGUGCAGGCCAUCAACUGCACCGGGGCGCCGCGUGACGUCACAGAGUCCAGAUUGUCCUUCUACUCCGGCCACUCCUCGUUUGGAAUGUACUGCAUGCUCUUCUUGGCGCUCUACGUGCAGGCGAGGCUGGUGGCCAAGUGGGCCAGACUUCUCCGGCCCACCAUCCAGUUCUUCCUGGUGGCCUUCGCGGUGUACGUGGGUUACACCCGAGUCUCUGAUUACAAGCACCACUGGAGCGACGUGCUGGUGGGGCUGCUGCAGGGAGCGCUCGUUGCCGUGCUCAAUGUGCACUUUGUGUCAAACUUCUUUAAGAAACGUCCUCCACGUUGCAAAGCGCCGGACGCGGCGGACAGCGAGGAGCCGGAGAGGAAACCCAGCCUGCAGAUUGCAGACUCCGAACGCGGGAACCAUUACAACUAUAACCACAACCACGGUCCUGUGUGAUGGGUUUGGGGGUGGGGGGGGGGGCUGCGGGGAACGGAGGCUGCAGCCUGCAUGCGUCAAACAUGUGACCGGAUCAGACUCCGGUGCUUCAGCCUUCGAUUGUGCAUUCGACGAGUGUCCCAUUUGGGAGUGUGUGUGUGUGUGUGUGUGUGUGUGUGUGUGUGUGUGUGUCCCAAGGAAUGGAACUGAACUAUCGGGUCUGCAGCUCGCAGCCUCUAAGCCCCCCUCCCCCACCCCUCUCUCCCACCAUCACAACAACCACUAGACUGACUUGAGGGGGCGACAUGGCGUCCGAGCCCCCUCUCGCCGCGAUGAACUCCCUUCCUCCUGUGGGAGAGAGAGAGAGCGAGAGAGAGAGAGCGAGAGGAGCGUAUUGAACCGCGUGCGCUUACAGCCGCAUUGAGCGAAAGACCCCGAAACACCCCCCCCCCCUCCCCCCUCCCUGUGCCGACCUGACUAAUGUAAGCCUUGAUAUUGACCAGCCUGAGUCGCCUUCUCGCUGUGCACCGGGUCAUAGGGGAGGGGAGAGGAGGGGGGGGGGGGGGUUAGGGGGUGUUGAUUUCAUAGUACUAACAACUGUUUGACUUACCAGAUCGAUUUGAACUGGCUAUCACAUAAAUCACUUAAUGUAGCUUUAGCCUGCUUUUGUGUAUUUUUUAUUUUUAUCUCUGUAUGUUGAGAACCGAACGUGUUUGUGGUGAUGAAAGAAAAAGAGGAAGAAAGGCAGGAAUCCCCAUGAAUGUUGGCAAAGGCACGCCGAAGAUCUGCUUCAUUCCAGUGCCUCUUUUCUUAGUGUGUGUGUGUGUGUGUGUGUGUCUUAGUUCAGUCCUGUUGAAUCGUCUCAUUAAUUGGUCUGAAUCCAAAUGGAGUGAAGGAUACGGAGACUUAAGCUUUAAAGGCAGAUUUUGUGAGCAGAGUCACCCUCGACAGUGGUGACGCUUUUUUGAAGAGUGUUUGAAUUGAAUUGUGUAGUUUUGUGAAGGAUUUUCACUGCAGGGUUUAGAAACGUACCGUUGGACUUAAUGUGCCGUACCACUACCACACUGCCAAUCAAAUAUCUACUCUGCCCUCUGUCUUUUUUUAACUUCUCAAAUACUAUUAAUCAAAGGAGGACGAGACGACCAUUUUGAAAAUGGUGUUUUAAUUUAUUUAAAAACAAGACGUUUUUUUUUAAUUUACUCUUGUAAAGUUGGAAACACCAGCGCUAAUGUUAAGGUUUUUGUGCAAUCACCCCCCCCCCCCCCUUACUGUGCAUACUAAUGCUAUGAGACGUGCUUGGUGUUGUAUGAAGGAUGCACAGAUAUGCUCGGGUGUUUUUUGCUUGGAGGUCACGUCUUGUUUCACCCUGUGCUUCGGCCAUCGGGUUCUCAGACCAAACGGAUCCAGGUCCAAACAUGUUCCCACUUCAAAGCUUCCUCCUGUGUUCCCCCCCCCCCCCCCCUUUUUUCCUGUGUUGAUGGACGAGGUUAAUCUGUGAAUGCGGCCUCCUGUACAGAAUGCGGACCCCUGGAGGACCAGAUCAGACAGAACACAAAGCUGAUCGGAAGGGGGGGGCAGACAGAAUAUCACCUGGUAGUGAUUGUAGCGGGGGGACCAGAGAAAGGCGGUGUACUUCGGGGGGGGUAUCCCAUGGUGAACCACUGGCCCGAGGCACCUCCUGCACGUUUAAAACACAUCUGCAAUGAAAAACAGCUGGAUCUGUGCGAUGCCCCCCCCCCCCCCCCCCCCGCAUCUAAACCAUCUGUGCGUUACUCCAAAAGAGGACGAGGAAGUCGACUCUCUGGUCGGCUAACCCUGACUGUUUAUGUGUCCAAUGUGGGUGUGAUUAAAGCUGUUUACCUUUUUACUAAACAUGAAUUAUCUACAGGCUCCAACCUAGAGAAAUUGUAAAUAAAUAUAUAAUCGC